CUCAAAUCUCAAUCCUAGGCUGUGCGAGCGAGAGAAACACAGAUAAAGCCAAAUACGUUUCCUCUCUCCUCCUGCCACUCACUACUAGAGAGAGAAAGAGCAACGAACACCAAAAUGUCCUGCCAUCUUCUUCCUCGCCGCCCCCGCUCCCGGCCUUAUCUCCAUCCAUCUCUUCAUGUUAACUAGAAUUUAAUAUAUUCUUCUUCGCUUCCCCUGCGUAUGGUUCUUAGGCUUCCCCCGGAGAGCCCUCCGCUUUCUUAUCCAGCCACCGCCAGUGAUCCCCCUUCCCCUGCCGCACUCACUCUGUAUCCAGUUUCAGGAACUUCUGAUGUGGAAGUGGAACCCGCGGUAAUGUCUUCAUCGUUCCCAAUUCUAAAUACUUCAAUCGGAGACAUGUACAACAAAUUGCCGGAAACAUUCCUGGUUCCUUCCGAGAGGGAGAUGAUGAGAAACCCUAUAUCUCAACAGACACCUUCAAUGGGUUAUAGUAGUGGUACAGUCGAGCAUUUGUUCUCGUCGUCUUCCAGAUUCGCGAACGAGAUGCAUGUUUCUUCACCCCAGGGAAAGCAUUCUUGGAAUUCGCCAUUUGGUUCUCAAUCACCAAGUGGCAGAACAAGUUUUCUGCCAUUGCUUUCUUCUCAUACACAAGUACGUUCCUCAACGUUGGGCAGUAGUGACUCUGAAAAGACUGAUUGUAAUAUGACGAUUGCUUGUUGGUCCAUGGAUCCGAUUCCGAACUUUCUCGAUUUCCAAGAGAAUGUGUCAAUUCAAAAUGUUUGUCAUGAGGAGACUGCAUGUGCUGUUGCGUCUGAAGAUCCUUCCAAGAGAACAACAGAUUGGCCGUGGGAAAGUCAGUGGACAGCGGUUGAUGAUAAUCUCAACACGGACUGGAAUCAAAUUCUUCGUGGAGUUACUGCCACUGAGACCAAACAACAGGCGCCACAACAGUCAUCUAGUAACUCGGUGCCAACUGUCUCAGUAGAGCAACCUCGAUUUAAUCAGCAGCUUCAACAACCGUUUACUAACUGGGUGCCAACUAUCUCAGUAGAGCAAUUUCAGUUUGAUCAGCAGCUUCAGCUGUCAUCUACGAAUGAGGAGGUUCAACAAUCAUCUAGUAAAUGGGUGCCAACUAUCUCAGUAGAGCAACCUCAAUUUAAUCAGCAGCUACAACAAUCAUCUAGUAACACGGUGCCAACUAUCUCAGUAGAGCAAACUCAAGUAAAUCAGCAGCUUCAACAAUCAUGUAACAUGGUGCCAACUAUCUCAGUAGAGCGACCUCAAGUAAAUCAGCAGCAACCUGCCGUUACUGGAGAAGUAAGAUCUGUUGCCACACCACUGACCUCUGCACCAAUAGCAAGCAAAACCAGGAUGAGAUGGACACCUGAGCUUCAUGAGGCUUUCGUGGAAGCAGUCAAUCAGCUUGGUGGCAGCGAACGAGCUACUCCAAAGGGUGUCUUGAAGCGGAUGAAUGUUGAAGGGUUGAAUAUUUUUCAUGUCAAAAGCCACUUGCAGAAGUACAGAACAGCCAGAUACAAACCAGAGCCAACUACUGAAGGUAAGGUUUAACUGUCACAUUUAUCGUAAUUUGCACUCCUCAGCUAUUGUCCCCCACCCGGAGAUUUGUUUGUUUACUCUUUAUUUGAUCUUCGCUUUCUGCUGUGUUCUGAUUGGAGCAUUGAUGAAAUGUCCAGUUUAACAAAUGUUGUGAUCCUAUUUUUCCUUUCCGACUCCUCAGAGAAAAGGUUGAGUUCCCUUGGCGUAACAAAAUCAAUGGACUGGAAAACGACCAUUGGGAUAACUGAAGCUUUAAGACAACAAAUGGAAGUUCAGAAGCAAUUACAUGAACAACUCGAGACUCAGCGUAAGUUGCAGUUGAGAAUCGAAGAACAGGGAAAGAAUCUGCAGAUGAUGUUGGAGAGACAAAAGAUGGAAGAGGAGAAAGCCAAGCUUCCUUCAUCUUCCUCCCCACUAGUCAAUGAUCAACUGUUGAAUGCACUUCAGGUUUCUGCAGACGAUAAAUUACAAGCAGCAGAUGGUGAAGAAAGCUUCCAUAACCUGAGCACAAAGCGAAAAUCACCUGGGGAUGGAAAUACAAAGGACACCCUUGACCAAAAUGAAGACAAAGAGUCCAGUCCAGUGCAGGCGAAAAGGAAAAGGACGGACGAAACAUCUGCAGCGGCGGCUUUAGAGUAGUCUAAUUUCUUGGGUAAGAUGAUUAGGGGACAGUGAUUCGGAUUCGGAUUUGGGGAAGUUUUGGGAACUUCUGGUUUUUUGUUAGAGAAGUGAAUGUUUAUGUUUUAGCUGUUACUUAACGGUCCCAUUUGCUGUUUUGCGUCGGAAAUUGGUCUAGUUUAUUCAUAUGCUGCAUUACUGGCUGUACAUAUUCUACUAGCGUGGGCCCCGGCCAUUUGGCCGGACGAAGAUGAGGUAUGAAAUUUGAUAAUGU